AGAAUCUAAUCUAUAAGGAAGCGUCAAACACUGGGAAAAAAAGGCGUUUAAUCUCCCCCUCUAUAACUAUUAAAAAAGCUUCCAAGUUUCAACGAUAAACAACAGCAGUAUCCUCGUGAAAGAUAGAGACUUGUCUCCUGCGUCUUCUCUUUGGAACUUUGCUCAUAUCUCUCUGUUUCUCCCUUUAAUGCAAAGCUUCUCUUCUUCUUCUUCAUAAACAACAGCAAAGGUGUUUUAAAGAGAAAGAUGACGGGGGCAUCUGGGAGAUUACCGACAUGGAAAGAGAGGGAAAACAACAAGAGGAGGGAACGGAGGAGAAGAGCCAUAGCUGCAAAGAUAUUCACUGGUCUUCGAUCUCAAGGCAAUUAUAAACUUCCUAAACAUUGUGACAACAACGAGGUCUUGAAAGCUCUUUGUGCUGAGGCUGGUUGGAUUGUUGAGGAAGAUGGUACCACUUAUUGCAAGGGAUGCAAGCCACCUCCAUCUGAGCUUGCAGGGACCUCGACAAAUAUCAGUGCUUGUUCAUCUCUUCAACCAAGUCCGCAGUCCUCGUCCUUCCCAAGUCCCGUUCCUUCAUACCAUGCUAGCCCAUCCUCCUCCUUGUGCCCGAGCCCUACUCGAUUCGAUUCAAAUCCAUCAAACUACCUUCUUCCAUUCCUCCACAACAUUGCUGCCAUCCCUAAUAAUCUCCCUCCUCUUAGGAUAUCCAAUAGUGCUCCCGUAACCCCACCUCUUUCAUCCCCUACAUCAAGAGGAUCUAAGCCCAAAGCUGACUGGGAGCACCUUUCAAAUGGCUCUCUGAACUCGAUUCGUCAUCCUCUUUUCGCCACAUCAGCCCCAUCGAGCCCCCCAAGGCGGCACCACCAUGCGCCAGCCACCAUACCUGAAUGCGAUGAAUCUGAUGCCUCGACCGUGGGCUGCGGUCGCUGGAUGAGUUUUCAGACAAUGGCACCGUCCAAUGCAGCCCCUCCUUCACCUACCUUCAACCUUGUGAAGAGGGUUGUUCUACAGAAUCCUCUCCAAGAUGGUGUCACUAGACAUGGAGGGGUCACAUGGGGGACAGUUACAGAGAUGGGAAGAGGCUCGGACUUGGAGUUUGAGAACGGUAGAGUAAAAGCCUGGGAAGGUGAAAGAAUACACGAAGUUGGCGUCGAUGAUCUGGAACUUACACUUGGAAGUCGGAACUAGCAAGACUUGUGCAUAAUGACGUCUCUGCAUUGCAAUAAGAAAUUAAUCAUUCCUCAGCAUUGCUGCAUUAUCGACCGCCAUAUUCAAUGCGAGUUCUUGCAUUGCUCAGAUACCAUCCUUCCAUCAUAUUUUUACAACUUUGUGCUAAAGGAACUCAAGCCUACUAUCACAAUUCAAUUGCCGUUGACCACACUUACAGAGGGCUCGAAUGAGAGACACUACGAGCUCAAUCUUCAAGUGGCAUGAAGGAAAAA